AUGGACAUGAGUGGAGGUAGCAGCACAAGUGACUCGAUGGACCACAGCUCGAUGAGCAUGGGCACUUUCCAUUGGUCUUCUUCCGGUGAUGCUAUAUGGCUCGACGCAUGGUUGCCAUCUGCCGAACCAGCGUAUAUCGGUGCCUGCUUUGGUCUGCUUUUCAUUGCGAUCCUCUCGCGCAGUAUCUUUGCGAUCGAAGCGUAUUUUAAUUCCUGGGCAAACAUUCGGUACCAACGCCUGUAUGGCAUCAAUACUUACAAUGACAACGGAUUUAAUCCGACGCCACGGAUAGCAGGCUUGUUUGCUAAAGCAGCAACAAAAGCACCCGAGAAAACAAGCGGCGAUCUUCCUAUUGAUACACCUUCAUCGUCUACAUCCAAUAAUAUUCCAUACAACUACAACGCGUAUCCCGAAGCUCAUCGACUACCACGCGUAGCACCUUUCAACUGGCCAAUCGAUACAAUUCGUAGCUUCCUCACGGCGCUGGCGUCUUUUGUAAGCUACUUGCUCAUGAUGGUUGUAAUGACAGGUAAUGGCGGAUACCUCCUUGUCAUUGUUGUCGGCGUUUUCAUUGGUGAAAUGAUCUUUGGCAGAUUCCGCUCCCUGGGCGGCCUUACUGGCGAGCACGAUCACUAA